AUGGACACGCUCAAGACCGAGCACGAGAAGCUCCAGAAGAAGGGCAACCUCAGCAAAAGCAUCAAUGACGUCCAGAAGACUAUCGAUCUGCUCAUCAAAGCCCGCGCCCAGGUCGCUGAGGACCCGGCGUCGGCGCAGAUGACGCUUGCGAAGGCGCAGGCCCCCGUCAAACAGUCGUUCGAGAAGGUCAACGAAGAUCUCAAGGAGGUCCACCAGGCGCUCGGCAAGUACGGGAAGGCUCUCGAUAAGAAAUUCAAGGACAAGCCUCUUCCGGACGCCGGAAACGAUGCCCUGUCCGCCCAUCCUAACCUCGUCAACCGCGCCAUUGCCAUGCAUCUCCUCCGCGAAGGCCAGUUCGGCGUGGCUUCGACCUUCAUCGACGAGUCGAAGGCCCGUCCUCCGAACCCUUCUUUGACAGCAAACAACCCCCACUCCUACACAACUGAACAAUGGGAAAAGGCAUUCACAGGUGGUCAGAUGGAUAGUGGUGCAUUGCAGCAGCAGUUUGCCGAGAUGUACCACAUUCUGCACGAGCUGAAGCAGCAGCAGAACCUCCAGCCGGCAAUCGCAUGGAGCAGACAACACAGCGCGCAGCUGGAGGCGCGCGGAAGCAACUUGGAGUUUGAGCUUUGCAGGUUGCAGUACGUUUGCCUAUUCAUGGGCCACGAACUGGACGGUUCCAUCUCCGAGCCUGACCAAGGUCCGCUGCGUGCGUGGGCCUACGCCAGGAGCGAGUUUGGCGCCUUCCAGUCUCGGUACUCCAAAGAGAUCCAGCAGCUUAUCGGAGCCAUGGCGUUCUGGCAGAACAUGAGCGACUCACCCUACAAGCGGACUUUCUACAACGAGCAUGCCUUCGAGGAGGUUGCCAACUCCUUCACGCGGGAAUUCUGCUCGCUCCUCGGCCUCUCAGCCGACUCACCACUGUACAUCGCCGCCACUGCUGGCGCUAUCGCACUUCCGACUCUGCUAAAGCUGCAGAGCAUCAUGCGCGAGAAAAAGACGGAAUGGACGUCCCAGAACGAGCUUCCGGUCGAAAUCCCCCUGCCACCCUCGUACUACUUCCAUUCUAUUUUCGUGUGUCCAGUGUCCAAGGAACAAACGACGGACCAGAACCCUCCGAUGAUGAUGCCCUGCGGUCACGUCAUCGCCAAGGAGUCUCUCGACAGGAUCAGCAAAGGUGCAAGGUUCAAAUGUCCGUACUGCCCGGGCGAGAGCCACCCGAGAGAUGCGAAGAAGGUGUUCUUGUAG